UUGGCGGCAAAAUCGCGGGAAACCAUCCUUUCCGACAUUCUCUCAAGGGCCAAGAAAAAGGCGAAGAAAGCAGUUGAAAAUGGUGAGGACCAAGGCAUCCAACGCUGCACCAGCUGCCACAAGAAAAGCCGUGGCGGCUCGAGCACCGCGGAAGACGGUGAGUGUACCUCGGCCAGUGUCCUCCCCCUCAUCUGGCGGCGGGAAGUCGAGGAAAGGGAAGUCAGCCAUCGGAGGGAACCCGGCGAAGCUGUGGCCGACGCCAGACUGGCAGAAAGGAAUUGGGAGUUUCCUGAAGGGAGCAGAGGGAGGGAUAGUGGUGGACCAGGAGGAGCCAGGCCCCAGCAGAGACGUCAUCACACAGGAAGAAGAGGAAAUGGAGAUGGAAGAGACCACACCCUCUGGGCCGGGGUCCUCGGGCGGGGUGGGCGUGGCUCUUCUAGACAGCUCCAUCGCCCAGCUCAACAGUGAUGAUGAAGACAGCGACUGAACUAUUCACACCCUCCCUCCACCCCUCACAUCCUCACACUGUUCCCCAUUACCCCACCCCCUCGCUCAAUUGUCUUGUAUGAUAAAUUGGAAUUUUAUCACAUUUAUUUUUGUCUAUAAAUACUAACAAAGUUGGUCCAGUGGGU